GUAUUAGUUGAUAUGCCUUUAUCUGAUACAUUUAAUGUGAGAUAAUCGGAGAGUUUGCUUUAUUUUAAAUCGAAAACCAUACCUAUUAGGACAUUCACAAUAACAUACAUACAGAAAGAAUGGCUCAAACCAGCAAAAGAGUAAUAAUAGUUGGGAAAACUGGUAACGGAAAAAGUUCACUGGGGAACAACCUACUUGGAAUGAAACGUUUUUCCGAAGGGGGUGGAUUCAAUGCUAUUACAAUGGCAUGUCAAUCGGAAAAAUAUAGACAUUUCGAAAUUGUUCAUACGCCAGGAUUGUUCUACACCAAUCAAAACCGAAAUGUGGCUCGACAAGCCGAACAAAUCGUGCAUGCUUUGAAACUUUGCCCGGCACCACAUGCAUUCCUCAUCGUCAUCAAAUAUAAUAGAUUCACAGCAGAGGAGGUUUCUGCUUUGGAUGUGUUGCAAAUAACAUUCGGAGAGCAAUAUUUAGAUCAUGCCAUUGUCGUGGUUACUCAUGUAGAGAAUGAUGUAACUGACGCCGAUUUUAGCAAUGCCUGUCGGGAAUCAUACCAGAUGAAUGAGUUACUGAAACGCUGUGGGAAACGGGUUGUUAGAUUCAAUAAUAGGAAUCCGAAAGAAGAGAAUAUCAAUACUCUACUCCAGUACAUAGAUCAAGUAUCGAAAAAUGGAAAUUCAUGCUUCAAAAAUGAUUAUCUAAGCUGCCAUGAGAAAGUGUUAAGAAGACAUGCUGAUCUAGAUAGGUAUGACGGUAUGCUGGCUCAUGAGCAGUUGGAACCAAUCUUAAAGGAUAUCAAAACUAUGGUUGUCAGAGAACAAGAAAGAGAGAAGAGGGAAAGGGAAGAAAAAGAAAGACAACAAAAGGAAAAGGAAAAACAGAAUAUCAUAAAUUCUGCAAAAACGAUUUUUACAUUAGGAGCUGGAGUUGGAUUAGGAGCUUUAGGUUUCAAGCUGUAUUCUAAAUAUUCAAAGUAUUUACCAUCCUUCACUUAAUACAUCAAUAGAUAUACAAGUAUUAAUACAGUAUUUACUUAUUGAAGUGAACACUAUGUUUUGAAGAAAGCUGAAAGUACAAAAUGUAUAUCUGUUGACGAUCUUUGGAUUUGGUUGAUCAUAAGAAUUCUUUUACUGUUUCUGGUUAAAAGAUAUAUUUUCAAUCGUAAUUUACCGCAAAUGACUUUAUUUUCCAUUUGAUAAAACAAAACAUGUAAAUACAUUCAUCACACAUCAUAAUUUUGCCUUAAAAAAUAUUCAGGAAAUAAGGGGCAUAAAUUUGUGAAUAACUUGACAGUUUCUGAGAAAAUUGACCCGCACAAAGAGGAUGAACUGGGCUUAAAGUUGACAAAGGAGCAUGUAUUUGCAAUAAUAUAUAUCGUAGGAUUCCCUAUCCUUAUGGCGUUCUCUGAAGACAAUAAACAUGUA